UUAACCACUUCCCAUCCGGCCCAUGUACAUAAAUGGCUGGAUGGGAACAGUUCAGGAGCGGGUUUCCAUUUAUGCUGCCAUUUAUGCUUGUCCUCUAGGCACAGCGGAACACCGAUCACUGUACGGGACCUCUGUGCACAGCGGAACACCGAUCACUGUACGGGACCUCUGUGUGAGGUCCCGAUCAUGUGAUCACUGAUUGGCCAAUCAGUGAUCACAUGAAUAGUAGUAAGCAAGGUGUCACUUGCUGACAUCAUUGCUUACUAUUAGUGAAAUCUGUGAAUGAUCACAGAGGUCACAUGGUACAAGGCUAUUCACAACAACUUUGUACCA